GGGCUCUUCCGCUACGCGAGGCGUGACCAAUCUACCGCACUUCCGGCUUUCUCUCCGCCUUUUCCGCAUCCGCCCUCCAGCGGUCCUGACCUUCCUCCCUCUGCCUAACGGGGGCGUUUCCCAUGGUUCCGGAUCCAUGGCGUCGCCGGGGUCGGUGACCGCGGCGCUGCGGGUGGUUGAAGCAUUAGAAACCAUCGCGAACCGCUGCGUGGGUCCCGAGGGCGGCCAAGUGUUGUGUACGAAGCCCACCGGCGAGGUGCUGCUCAGCCGGGAUGGAGGCCGCCUCCUGGAGGCGCUGCUCUUGGAGCAUCCCUUAGCCAGGAUGAUAGUGGCAUGUGUUUCCAGUCACCUUAAAAAAACAGGAGAUGGUGCUAAAACAUUUAUUAUUUUUCUUGGCCAUUUACUCAGAGGACUUCAUACAGUGAAGGAAAAAGAAACAUAUUCAUUCACUUCUGAAAAUAUUCAGACCCAUGAAAGGCACUGGAAAAACUGCUGUCAGUGGAAAAGUAUUUCCCAGGCGCUGCUAACAUUUCAGACACAAAUACUAGAUCGUAUUGUGGACCAGUAUUUAAGCAGGCACUAUUUGUCUGUCUUUUCUUCGUCUGCUAAAGGACGAACGCUGUGCAGGCGCUCUGUAGAGCUACUCCUGGAAGCUUACUUGUGUGGAAGAGUGGGGAGAAACAACCACAGAUUCAUCUCACAGUUGAUGUGUGACUACAUUUUCAAGUGUAUGGCUUGUGAAAGUGGGGCUGAAGUAUUUGAGUUGGUGGACAACUGUUUUGAAGAGUUGAAUGUUGGUGUGUCAGGCCUUCCUGUUUCAGAUUCUAGAAUUGUGGGUGGCCUUGUGCUUUCCCGAGACUUUUCUGUGUAUUGCCCAGCAGAUGGAGACAUAAGGAUGGUGAUGAUAACAGAAAUCCUCCAGCCUCUGUUUUCAUCAUCCAGAUCAGAAUUUAUUCUAAAUUCAGAAGCGCAGUUUCAGGCAUCUCAGUGUUGGAUCAUGGAAAGGACAAAAACAGUAAUGAAACACUUGCGAAGUCAAAAUAUAAAACUGCUCCUGUCCAGUGUGAAGCAGCCAGACCUAGUUAUUUAUUGUGCAAGACUGAAUAGCAUAUCAGUGGUGGAGUGUUUAUCACCUGAAGAAGUUUCUCUUGUCCAGAGGAUCACUGGUCUUUCUCCUUGUGUCCUACCACAGGUCACUUCACAGGGUGAAAUUUCUGAUACGACUUUGGUGAAAUUUUGUAAACCCUUCAUCCUUAGAUCCAAGAGAUAUGUUCAUCUUGGCUUGAUUAGCACUUGUGCAUUUAUACCUCACUGUAUGAUACUUUGCGGACCAGUUCUGGGUCUUGUGCACCAACAUGAGAGUGCUUUCCGUGGAGCAUUUAAGAUGCUUCGGCAAUUAUUUACUGACUUGGAUCUAAAUUACAUUACACAAACCAAAGAGCAAUGUGACUCAAGUCCUCUUCCUUACAACAACUGCAGAGAAAGUAACGAGUUACCAGAACUUGGUAAGUGGCCGGACACAAUAGCGAAGAACGAAAAUAAGUUGGAAAAAACUCACACAUAUUUAGAAGUAUAUUCAAAUUUGGUGGCAGCAGAUACAGAAUUAAGUACACAUACGCCAUGGUCAGCACACAAGGAGACGCUAAAAGAUACAUCCCAAACAGAUGAAAUAUUGAAGUGCUUGUCCCCAGAAAAAGGCUUGAUAGUUGAAGACCAUGAGCUGUUCAUUCAGGGUAACUCCAGUGGAAAUCCUACAGCAGAAAACACUAGAACAGAAGUUUCUUUGGAAGAUUUGCAUGUCACAGAUAAUCCCAGAAAAGGGUGCGUGUCGUCCAUGAUACACAAGUCACUGGAGACCUGUGCCUCCCAGGGUUACUGUUCGUCAGCUGUGCCAGCAGGCUGUGUGUUGCCAGUGGGGGGCCAUUUUGAGAUUCUGAUGCAUUACUACCUUCUCAGCUAUGCCAAGCAGUGCCGGGAAUCGGGUGAAACCAUGGUCAGUAUGUUAAUAGCUAGUGCGCUUUUAGGCAUCCCUAAAAUCCUUCAUAAGCCUAAAAAGGGGAAAGACAGCUUCCCAUACAUAUAUACACGUUCUCUCCACGUGCUGCAAACCAACCAACCCAUGGUAAGUGGUCAGUCAGGCUUGGAGUCAGUAGCUGGUAAGUACCAGUUACUUACUUCAGUUCUUCAGUGUUUGAUAAAAAUAUUAAGCAUUGAUUUAAUAAUCAACAUUAAGAGACAGCCUCCGAAAGUCGAUGACCAAGAUUCAGAAGACGAACUUUAACACUUAAGUUUUUGCUGCUCAAACUUCUAAUCUGGGGCCAGGGAGAUGGCUCGGUGGACAAAGGCAUUUAAUGCCAAACCUGAUGUCCAGGCUCUACUGGGUGGAAGGAGAAUGAAGUCCUGAGAAGUGCCCUGGGUCCUACGCACACAUUUGCAGACACGACAACUAAAUGCUAAGAAAAAAAUGUAUUCAACUCAACUAAAUAUUAAAACAGGCUUCUGGCUGACUUUGAGGUCAAACCAGUCUUUAGCUUAAGUACAUUGAGUCCACCAGACCAUCCAGACACAAAUAUCAGCUCUGUGGACCAAACCUGACCUAAUAUGUCUCUUUCCUACAUCAAAUAUGUUUCGAGCCUCUUUUACCCUGUGUCUAAGGGAGCUUGUCUCUGUAUUUCCUUUUCUGUAUUUUCCAUUUUAUUUCCCUCAGCUUUGUGUAUUUCAUAGGGUUAUGUAAUCUACUGACUUGAAUGAGGUCUUCAGGUACUGUCUUACGUGGUUUAUAAACAUGAAUAUAAAAUGUUA